AUGGAUGCUGAUGGCGGUGCUGCUGCUGCUGCACAAGCAGCAGCAGCAGCAGCAGCAGCAGCAGCAGCAGCAAAAGCAGCACCGACAGCAGCAGCAGCGGGAACAAGGACCGCACCAGCAUCGUCUGCAGCAUUAGCUGCAGCACCAAAUGCAGCAGCAGCGGCAGAAGCAGCAGAAGCAGCGCCAGAAGCCGCAGCAGCACCAGCAGCAGCAGCAGCAGCAGCAGCAGCAGCACUUGCUGCGCCGCCUGCUGCGCCUCUCCGCAUAGGGACAGUAGCUGAGUCGGGCUCUAUUCGUAUUCUGAGGCCUCCCGACUCCGACGACGACGACAGCAGCAGCAGCAGCAGCAGCAGCAGCAGCAGCAGCAGCAGCAGGCCAGCCUUUACCCCGUUGAGGCCGCAGAUGCCCAUUGAGGGUUUGCUGCAGUCGCAUGCAGCAAAAAUGCAGCAGCAGCAGCAGCUGCUGCAGCUGCAGCAAACAGGGAACAUGGGGGGACGCAUCAGCACUGCAGGGCGCAUGGGAGUCUCUAACCAGAGUCGCUUUCGGGAGUUGAUGGCUGCGAACAAGCCGCGGGAAGAUCCGCUGCGUCCGAUUACGCCGGAGGAGCUGGCGAAGCACCGCAAACGCGGAGACUGCUGGAUGGCCCUCGGGGGCGUGGUUUAUGACUUGUCUCCUUACUUGGACUUCCACCCGGGGGGCCCCCAGCUGCUGCUUGCUGCAGCAGGAGAGGAGGCCCUGCAGCAGUUCAAGCAGCGGCACCCCUGGGUCAACUACAAGUACAUUUUGCUCAACUGCCAGGUGGGGCUGCUGCAGCAGCAGGGCCCCUGCAGCAGCAGCAGCAGCAGCAGCAGCAGCAGCAGCGGCAGCAGCAGCGGCGGCGCCGGCAGCACGCUGCUGCCCUUCCUGCCCCCCGCGCCGCUGCCCCUCCUCAGGCGCAGCAGAGACCCUCUUUUGAGGGGGCCCCAAGCCCGCGCGGGGGGCCCCCAGGGGGGCCCCCAGGGGGGCCCCCAGGGGAGCCCCCAGGGGGGCCCCCAGGGGGCCCCCGGGGGCUCUCUGGGGGCCCCCGGGGGGCCCCAGCGGACUCUGCCGCCCACCCUGGAGGAACCCGCAGACCUCGAGGGGCCCCCAGAGGGGCCCCCAGGGCUUGGGGGGCCCCCAGAAGUGGAGGGGGCCCCCAGGACCCCUCAGUUUGGAUCCUGA